ACGACCUUUCGUCGAUACAGUACCAUAUCACCACAUGGCGCAAGUGCCCCUCCAGGCCAUCAAGCAGGAGCUGGAGCGCGCGUUCUUGAAGGAACGAGACAGUUCCAAGUGGACAAUUGAGCGCUAUGACGAGUUGAGUGGGCUGUUGGACAAAGCCCUUGACAACGGACUUGGUGAACCUCGGGACAAGCAUGGCAUCGGUGCCGCCACCCUUGUCCAAGCGGCGCUCAAUGCAUGCAAUGUAUUUGAGAAAGCGCAGAUCAAAACCCAAUUGAGCCAGUCGCCGGGGGCGGACUACGUCCGCGCCUGCAACGGCAAAACAGUGAUCAUUGAGGAGUGCAGUCGCAUUCUCAGUGGUCUGAACUGCUUGAGCCAGCAGUCUUGGAACGACGCGAUUGUCGCCCCAGAGCUGAACGGCCCCAUCUUCCAGAACUCGCGCAUUGAAACGAUGGCGUUUGAUGUGCGAUCCAACGUCAUCGGGGUCCGCAAAGCCUUUCGACGCAUCGAUCCCGACGUUCGCCGCGUGGACGAGGGCCUGCGUAUGGUGGGCGACGUCGUGUCCCAGUACGACUGUCUCGUCCAAAGCGUGGAGUCUGAAGUGGCGUCGAGGGAGCGCUUGGAAGUCGACGCGCGCAACAACAUGGACAGAACCAAGUCCCAGACCACCGCCGCCAUCGCGCACGGAAUGGACCGGACAACCACGUCGGACAUGCGAAAGUGCUCGCUGAUGAAUGCCGUGGCAACGCGGGCGACUGCGAUCGAGAUGGUCGACUUGCAGCACAUUCUGGCCGAGCAGAUGCAGCAUGCUUCCGAAGGACGACUAGGAAACGACGACCCGGCAAUGCCCAACAACGGCGACGACGAACAGUUUGCCCAGUCGCUUUUUGCAGGCCCCGACGACGGCACGGAAGCCACCGCGUUAUCCACCAUGACCAGAUUGAGAGCCAAGCGCUCCCAACGACAGCUCGAGCAGCGCUUGGCGACCGUGAAACAUUUAGAGGGAUUGCAAACUCAAGGCAGUGUUACGGUACCUGAGGACCAACCAAAACCCCGCGAUGAUGCCCCGACCGGCGUUGCACUGGAUGAUGGGGGGGGGGCUCGUCGCAGCCGAUCUGUCACAUACAAGGCCAAGACGGAAGCGGAACGCGUGCGGCUGGACGACAUGCGCAAAGCACGAGAGGCAGUGGAUGAAGGGGUGGACGACACGGACGCGGAGAAGAGCCAGCGCGCCGACGCCCGCAAGUUUCUCAUGAAGUACACUGGCGACGUGUGGCGCGCAGUGGCCGAGGGCGACUUGGACGUCGUGCAAAAGUUCUUUCUGGUCGAUUCCACGGCCAAGUUGCUCAACAUGCACAACAAGGAGCCCAGGCAAGGCCGCCGCACGCUGCUGCAUGCUGCCGCAUGGCGUGGCCAAGAGUCGAUUGUCGAGUAUUUGCUACACUUGGGGGCCGAAGUGGACGCGAUCGACACGAUUCACAGCAAGUCAACGGCGCUGAUCGAAGCAGCGCGGGCAGGCCAUCGCGGUGUUUGCAAGCUGCUGCUGGACCACGGGGCCUGCCUCACCCACCAAGAUGCACAUGUACAGAACACUCCACCAAACGCAUGCCAUGAGAAAGGAGGUUCGUGAUCGCAUGGAGCUUUAGGGGGACACGGCCGUGCACUGGGCCGCGAGGCGCCAGUGGCACAGCCUCGUGGUGUUCCUCGUCAAGCAUGCGGAAGUGGUCACGCAGCAUUCCACCGUGCGCGUGUUUGCUUUGGAGGUUUGUAUGAAGACACGGGAUACGUGGCAAAUCUAUAUACAUGUACCGUGUCGAUAGAACUACCAAGGCUUCACCUGCCUCGACGUGACCAAGACGUCGUACUUGACCGAGCUGGUGAAGCGGACGUUCAACAUCACCCCCAUCUCGUCGCGCGACCAACGACGACAGGCCAAGCGACUCGGGCUCAAGAAGAUGCAGCGGGCGUCGCUACGCAUGGUCAUGCCGUCGUCAGCGGCAGGGCCGAGUGCGUACCCGCAAGUCGACGACUUGUUCGAUAGCGUCGUGCAAGCCAAGGCGCAAGUCUUGGACGGACUCAACACCCUCGGCCUUGGUCUCGAAACGUUUGCGUACACUCGUUAGAAAUGGCAAGAUAUUCGUGCAUCCUGGAAUGGUGUCUGUAGUAUUGGAUAUGUCGCGCCAUUGGAAACUCCCUUGAGCCAAUGACCUUUAAAUGCCAUCCAUGGAUUCGAUGGCGGCUGUCAUCUUCAACGAUACUAUGAAAGUAAAAGUAGUACACAACUUGCAAUUG